AUAAUAUACCCGCCUGAGUAACUCGGGAGCAUGCACAACAAAUGCAGGUACAUGACAUUGAAUUCGACCUUUGUAUUGCGCACAAAAUCCCUGGGAGUCAAAGUGGAGAACACAUACAAGAAUAUAGCCAAACUACGAUGGUCAUGAUGGCGUGGAACAUAAUUUGAAAAGUUAACUUACAUUAGCAAUAAAUCAGGCAUAACUACCAAGGAGAUCUAAAUUUGGACAUGGAGAUAUAUUGAACGGAGGUGUUCAUCAGAAUUUACAGGGCAUGACUGAAAGCUUUAGAUGUUUCGCCUGGACCGCCACCAAUUAUCAUUGACCAGACGAAACCCUCGGUGGUAGAACCACGUAAAUGGACAUCAUCUUUUAAAAAUAAUGUUCAUCUUUAAACAAUAAUUUUCAUCUUUGACAGUUGGCACUCUUACAAGUUGAAGAGCAAAACAUUUUAAUUUGUACUGCUUGACGUAUUUCCAGAAAUUAGAAGGCGAUAGGAUUACCAUGGUAACAGACCAAGCUGGUAAUGUCACUGACAUAUACAUGGAACUUUACACCGAAUUGUACACAGACUGGUCUACCGGGACACCGGAUACGCAGCUUCGGAUAUCCGACGAAGCGGUUACGGCGGAAAUCAAUGGCACCGAUGCUGCCGAAGAUCAUAACGGAUGGAUGUUUGAACCGUUCGUGCUUUCUGCUUUCGUCAUCUUGCAAAUAAUAAUCGCGGUGUUAGGUAUCGUGGGAAACAUCUUUGUCUUAUUGGCGACGAGUAGAGGUAAAAAGAACCUGAAGACAACGAAUAUCUUGGUGUGCGCACUUGCAGUUGCCGAUCUGCUUACAUCUUUUAUGAUCUUGCCUUACCCUAACGUGCAGUCCGUACCCAAAACGAUUCUUGGCGAGUUGUACUGCAAGGUGGUCGCCUCUCGUUUUUUCAUGUGGACAUCCGUCGUAGCUUCCAUAUUCACGCUGACGGCGAUUUCGAUUGAGCGAUACCUCGCGAUAUCACAUCCUUUCUUUCACAGACGCGCGGUGACGAGAAAAGGCAUACGAACAACUAUAGUAAUCAUUUGGAUUGUGGCUUUCUUUCUCAAUAUCAAUCCCUUCUUCGUCGAAUAUGUCGACAGUCAUUCGUGCGUCUUCAAGUACCGCCAUCGUGACUUGGCCGGUAGGGAAUUUUAUGGCGGUAUCGUCUUCCUGACCGAAUUCCUCACACCGUCUGCCAUUAUGAUGACAACGCAUAUACUUGCGUCGCGCACACUCAACAGAGGACUCGCGCGUUUCAAGAACACGCAAGGUUGCGCGGGGCCGCGUGCAAACUUGAUAGUGGCAAAGAAGCGAAACAUGGAUUCGCUUUUAAUAAUUUUUCUGACAUUUGUGAUGUGUUGGGGGCCUUAUCAAGUACUCUUCUUGCUUUUUAACUCCGGAGUACUCGACCAUACUUACCUUGAAGGCGUUGCAUAUUCGUGCACGGUGCUCUUAGCGUUAUUUCACUCAUGCGCUAAUCCUUUGAUCUAUACCAUACGAUUUCCAAUAUUCCGAUCUGUGAUUCUCUCGAUGCUAUCAUGCUGUGGAGACAGUGGAAUGGACAAAAAUGCCCGGGUCAAUAUGUUUAUGUCUGAUGACACGAUCUAAGGUAAAAUUUACGAUGAAGUGUGAAAAGAAGAUGUUUUACCAUGCAUUUAAGAUUUUUUUUAAACCACAUAAAGUGUUACGAAUGAGGCAAAUGCUAAUCACAACGAUCUGAUCAGGAAUAACUGCGGCCUUGAUACGCACUAAGUAUUAUAUUAUUAUAAGGGAGCUUCACUUAAAUUUUUGAAAUUGGGAUCCGAGUGGAAAUGGUUGAGUGGCUGGCUAGCUUUCCCCGUUCUGUCACGAUUAGUUACAAUAUUCCAGGGGGUGGAGGUUUUUUUUUAAGUGCACAAAUGAAAUGACACUACAAAGUUGUUCUAAUGUAAAUAACUCCCUUUACUCGGAGAAAAGGUGUGUUUUUCUUUCAUGUCUAAGUUAUUUGACGAUGAUGGUAACAAUAUUUUCUACCCAACAUUUAAUAUACGGAUAGCUUUGUUAAAUAGUUUAUUGUUGUAUGUGGCAUAGCUGCAUCUCCAUUGGUACAUGACUUACUAACUAAAUGAGUACAUUCUCCUUUUGCAAUAAGCCGUCCGAAUGUAAGAUCCCGGUGUAAGAUACACCGAAGAGAUACCAGCUAUCCUCCUUGGAUACACAGAUCCUUUAGAUAAUUGUUUAUAAGUACAUGUACAGUUAUAAUCGAACGCAUAGAGGUCUCAUUAUUAGAACGCUAGAGGGCGUACUUCCUCAGAUUGAUGUAGUCAUUGACCUUAUACUUUUUGUUCUAUAUAAUUCAGAUUGCUUAAUUUAUAUUGAACUAAUUAAUAUACAUAUGAUAUGUCUAUACUGUAAAAAUCGUUCCUUUGUAUAAUAUUGUAUCCGAAAAUAUAAAUAUGAAGUAUUACCGUCACCUUUUCUUUUUAUUAUUACAAAACCUUUUUUUUCUUCUCCCAAAAUGGCAGAAUAUUAUUGUAUUACAAUUUGUAUACUUUGAUUGAAGGUGUACUAUAUUUUUUUUUAAAUACUAUGGAAUUAUAUUAAACAAAUAUAUAUCUGUGUUUAUAAUGGGGGAGGUGGUAGUUGUCGUAGGGGGUAGUUGUCUGGGGUCCAACCUGCUUCGUUCGGGCAUGCAGGACGCGUAGAUUUUGCCCGGAAUAAGAUGGCGCACUGCCUAUUUGUGUAUAGUGCGUGCUCUAAUUUUUUAAUAUAGGAUCUCUAUAACAGAUCGAAAUAUCUCAACAUUCGCUCGACAUCUCGGUUAAUAUUAAUGAACCGAAAUGUAAAGCGGAUUUGAUAAUAAUUAUUGCUCAUUAUUUUCAGCUAUUAUAAUUAUAUAAGACUAUGGAUCGCUUAAAUGAUGAUAUCUCUUCUUUAUCUGCCAUUCGAUCCCCUACUCCCUCCCCCACUCUCUCUCUCUCUCUCUCUCUCUCUCUCCCUCUCUCUUUCUCUAUGUAUCUCUCAGCCUGUUUGUGUAACGACCUCUUUUUCCGUCCUUCACGUUCAUCCUCUUGUUCACCACCCCGCCUUCUUAUUUUUAAAUCGCUGUUUCAAUUUAAAUCCUUUCAUGAAUAAUUUGAUAUACAAUGUGCUUUUUUAAAAAUUAUAUCCUUUGUGAACAGCUGCUUAUAUGUUACAUUUCAAUUGUUUAUUGUUUUUUUUACUCUUCAAUUUGAGCUUUAUAAACAUGUCCUUACAGACCGUGUCAACAACAAUAAAUUGUUAAGGAGUGCAAAAAGAAA